CCCGGCUCCCUGCGCUCGGCCAUGGCCCCCCCGCUUCCGUGCAGGCUCCCGAGGUCGCUGCCGCCGUGGCUGCUGCUGCUGAGCGUGGCGCUGCUGAGUUUCCAGGCCCGCGCCGAGCCCACCGCCGGGAGCGCUGUCCCCGCGCAAAGCCGUCCGUGCGUGGACUGCCACGCGUUCGAGUUCAUGCAGCGCGCCCUGCAGGACCUUCGGAAGACGGCCUCCAGCCUGGACUCGAGGACGGAGACCCUCCUGCUGCAGGCCGAGCGCCGGGCCCUGUGUGCCUGCUGGCCUGCCGGGCGCUGAGGAUCCUCAGACACUGCUGUUCCUCAUCAAUAAACACCCGGCCCAGCA